AAUCCAUUUUGCCGCGAAAGUGUUACGUGUAAGAAUGGCGGGCUCCCCAUUGGUCGACAGCGGAGCCCGGCUGGAGGCGGAGCCAGCCGCUUGUCAUUGGGCCCGAGAGCUGUCAGUUAAAGGCCAGACUAGUCGAGUCCGCGGCGGAGCGGUUGGUUGGAAACGGGUUAACUCGCUUAACGUUGUCCUCGAAAUCCCUCGUCUCGAUCGACGUUUGUUCAUUAAACUAUGCACGAUACUAAAAUGUGCGAUUGUUAAUAGGUCAAGUCUACAUUCUGUGGCAACCAUCGGAUCGGUAUCGCUCAGUGUUGGGAUUGGCCUAGGCCCUGACAUCUCCCCGCCCCCCAGACCUCCUCAUCGAGUGCAGAACCCGACCAGAAGAUCGGGAAAAUGGCGCAAGCAAUAUUCGAGGUGCUCGAAGGCAUGGACAACCAGACGGUGCUGGCGGUCCAGUCUCUCCUUGACGGCCAGGGAGGUGUGUCCGACCCCAACAACCAGAACGUCUCGGGGCCACCCGUCAUCCAGUCCAUGGAUGACGAGGACGUCUUCCUGUGUGGGAAGUGCAAGAAGCAGUUCAACUCGCUGCCCGCCUUCAUGACCCACAAGAGGGAGCAGUGCCAGCCGGCCGGGCCCUCGCUCUCCACCGUGUCCCUGGCCUCCAACGCCUACCCCCCCGGCCCCCCCGUCAGCAGCGGGCCCCAGCCCCCCUCCAACCGCCAGGUGUCCACCUACAUCGCGGUUCCCCCGUCGCCCCUGACCCACACCCUGGUGCAGGGCAACGUGCUGGUCAGCGACGACGUGCUGCUGUCCGCCAUCUCGGCCUUCACCUCCAUCGAGCAGCCGAUGGCAGCCAUGCCCGCACCUGUACAGAGUAACGUGAGCAUGCACGCGGCCGGCGUGUCGUACCUCCAGCACCACCACCAUCACCACCAUCACCACGGCAACCACCACCACCUCCCCCACCACCCCCACCCCCACCCCCAGACGCAGCAGCAGCAGCAGCAGCAGAGUCACGCCCUGCCGCCCAGCCAGCCGUCCCAGCAGGCCCUCUCCCUGCAGGUCCCCGCCUGCCACGCCCACAACGCGGUGCAGGUGCAGGUGUACAGCACGCUGCCCCCGCUGGCCGGGGGUGGCGGUGCGGAGAUACACGCUCUGGGCCUGCAGCCGUUCCAGUCGGUCCAGGUGCCCAGCCAGUGUGUGGGCAGCCAGUCGUUCCCCGCCGCCCCCGUCUACAGCCCGGGGAAGCAGGGCAGCAAGGCGGCGGCCUGCAGCGUGACCUCCAGCCUCCCCGACCUGGACCUGCUGGCCAAGAGGCCCCGCAGCACCAAGAAGACCCCCGAGCCAGCGGGCACCGCAGACCAGCUGAAAGGAAAAGGGCACAAACUGAAGUGCAACUUCUGCGACAAAAUCUUCGCCAAGAACUUUGACCUCCAGCAACACAUCAGAAGCCACACCGGAGAGAAGCCCUUCCAGUGCAUCGUGUGUGGGCGCGCCUUCGCCCAGAAGUCCAACGUCAAGAAGCACAUGCAGACACACAAGGUGUGGCCACUGGGCAUGGACGCCUCGGUGUCUCGGCAGCCAAUCACAGUCAAGGUGGUGCCGGUGUCGACCAAUGAGGAGGUGGAGGGUGUGGAGAAGCAGCAGCAGCAGCAGGAAGAGGAGCAGUCGGAGCAGCAGAACAGCCAAUCACAGAUGGAGGAGGAGGAAGAGGAGGAGGAGGAACAGAGCAGAACAGAACCUAUCGGGCAAAGGUCGGAGGUCAACGCGACGAGCGACCCCGUGGACUCGAGGACGACGGAGACCUCGGAUUGCGGAUGUGGCCCGCCCCCUCCGGUGGCCCCGCCCCCUCUGGCCCCGCCGCCCUCGCCCCCCCGGACCAAGCAGCCGUGCGGUGAGCCGGCGGGCCCCCAGCAGGUGGUGGUGAUCGACCGCUCGUACCAGUGCCAGUUCUGCAGCAGCACCUUCACCAGCUACUUCCAGCUCAAGUCCCACCGCACCCAGCACAAGGAGGAGCAGGUGUACAGGUGUGUGCUGAAGACGUGCCUCCAGACCUUCAACCAGCUGGACUCGUACCUGGAGCACAUCCGCUCCCACCAGGAGCAGCUCACCUACCGCUGCCAUCUGUGCAGCAAGAUGUUCCCGUCGCUGUUCGAGCUGGGCGUGCACCAGUACUCCCACUGCUUCUGCCCACAGCAGGGCUCCCGCAAGGAGACGCCCGUCUACAGAUGUAUGAAGUGCCAGACCAAGUAUUCCACCCAGGCCGGCCUGGAGCAACACCUGAUGACCGCCACACACAGCUUCCCCUGCCCCCAGUGUCCCAAGGUGUUCCCCAGCGAGCGUUACUUCCGCCGCCACCUGCCCACCCACGGCCUCGGGGGGGCCUUCAGGUGCCCCACCUGCAGGAAGACCUUCAAGACGGAGCACUACCUCAAGCUGCACAUCCGCAUACACACAGGGGAGAAGCCCUUCAGCUGCACGCUGUGCCAGACGUCCUUCAACAGGAAGGACAAGCUCAAGAGACACAUGCUGAUCCACGAGCCCUUCAAGAAGUACAAGUGUCCCUUCAGGACGCACGUGGGCUGCACCAAAGAGUUCAACCGACCGGACAAGCUGAAGGCCCACAUCCUGUCCCACUCCGGCAUCAAGGCCUACAAGUGUCUGUUCUGCCAGAAGAAGUUCAGCCGGCGGGCCCACCUGCUGGAGCACCAGCAGUCGCACACCGACAACUACCGCUACCGCUGCCUGACCUGCCGCAAGGGCUUCACCCGCAGCAACUACUACCGCGCCCAUGUCUGCCCCGCCUCCGGCCCCGCCCCGGGGAGGGGCCCCCCGGGGAGGGGCCGGAGGCGGGGCCGGCCCAGGAGGGGGGGCGCCGACGCCGACGACGAAGAGGGCGGGAGCGACAAAGACAGCGGCAGUGAGGAGGAGGGCAGCAGUGAGGAAGAGGGCGGCAGCGACGAAGGGGGGCCGGGGGCCGACGGCGAGGAAAAGGGACCCCCGCAGCCGAGUAACGAGGAGGAGAAGGAUGAAGACGAGGAGGAGGAGGAGGGGGGGGUGACUAUAGAGAAGGGAGAAAAUGAGGAGGAAGAGGAUGAGGGUUCGAAGGGUGAUGAAGAGUCGGAGAUGGAAGGGGGCGGGGAGGAAGAGGAGGAGAACUUAGCGGAGGAGGAGGAGGAGGCGAGAGACGAUGUCCCCCAGGACGCCAUGCGGGCGCGGACAAAGGGAGGGGCGGGGCUCGGGGCGACGCCCGGUGAUGACACCGUCAGCUUCCAGCAGCUCUGUAUGUGACACGUGAACUUUGACCCCUUUUCUCUACCGGGAUCAUCUGCUGAGCAAGAUGUCUGAGAUAUAAGCUCCCCGGCUGAAUUUGUUUUAAAUUAAAACGCUUUUAUUGAAUUAAUUAAAGUUUAAUUAUUCUCUUCAAUUGAUGGUCUUUAACUAAGACCCACACAGAUCCAUAUGUUGCUAAAACAUGAUCUUUCAUCAUCUAAUAUCUCACCAGGCGCUUAUGAACGUUUUAGUAUAACCUUGUAAAGGGCUCUGAUUUUACCACCAGGUGUGAUGUUGACGAGCCAUUACAAAACCAUUUAAAAAAAUAAAACAUUCGUGAAAUCA